AUGUGGUACUUAUUUUAUCAAGACAGCAACAAAAGGCAUUACAGUUCAUUGAACUCUUGUUGGAAAACCCUUAUUUGGAAAGUAAAUGGGUUUAGCAGGUUGACGAAAUGUUUUAUUGAUGCUAGUCGCAUACCAACAAAUAUAACGAAGAUUUUAUAA